AUGUUGUCCCGGAAAGAGAAACCCCGGGCGGAGCCCGCACUUCCGCGGGGCGGAGCCCGCCUAGUGCUGACGUUGGCAGCCGAACCCGAAGUAGUUCGAGGCGGCAGGCUGCACCGUCCGGUCGUGGCGUUGCGUUUCCUUCCUCUUUCACUCCACGCUCCCGGCGACGGCCAGAGCGGCGGCGGCGGCGGCGGCGGCGGCGCGAGAACGUUCCGGCGGGCUGUUCGUUUCGUCCCGCGCACCCGCCUCGCCCUGCCCGCCCCGGGGCCGAAGCCCGGCCCCGGGGGGCGCGUCGCCUUGUCCUCUCCAGACCCGGCCGACUCGGAGCCCCGGGUGCCGUGGGGAGCUGGGGGCCCGAGCCUGCGGGGCGGGCGCCGAGUUGGCUUGGGGGGCGGGGGCGGGACUCAGGAACGGAGGGAGACCUGCGAGAGAAAUGCCCCCGAAGAGAAGGCGUCUGUGGGACCCUGGCUGUUGGCGCUCUUCAUUUUUGUUGUUUGUGGCUCUGCAAUUUUCCAGAUUAUUCAAAGUAUCAGGAUGGGCAUGUGAAGUGACUGACCUUAAGAUGUUUCCAUUCUCCUGUGAAUUUUAACUUGAACUCAUUCCUGAUGUUUGAUACCCUGGUUAAAAACAAUUCAGUAAAGCAUCCUGCCUCAGAAUGACUUUCCUAUCAUCCUUCAUGUGUCAUUCCAAGGUUUCUUCACGAGUCAUUCCAAGUUUUCUAGUCCAUACCACAGUGCCUUGCAAAAACACCACAUGAAUAAAGCAAUAAAAUUUGAUUGUUAAGCUACAGUAGUGGACCCUACUUAUUCAGUCAGUUAAGUUUUUUUUUUAAUGUGGUUAUUAUUAAAACAGUAUGCAGUAUGGACAAUUAGAGUAAAUCUGUAGACAGUGUCUAGAUUUUGUUAACCUUAAUGUGUAAAUGCAAUUAGUUUAAUUUAAAAUUGGGAGUCUUGUGGUUUUUAUAUAGCUAGGCACUUUAUUACUGUCUCUUGAAUUGAAAGCACACUCCCUUAUAGGGUAAUAUAACUGUCUUGUAAUAAGGUGCUUAUCAAUGGAACAACUACAUAGUUAGCCUAGUUUUACCACAACUUUAGCAUCUAAAAAAUAUUCUGAAUGUCUAAUAUAAAGGAGUUGCUUAUAGCCACAACAUCUACUUUAACAAUAUUGUUUCUAUUACACUACCUUGGCUUUUGCAUGAGUGAAUAUAGUAACCUAAGAUGCCAUUAAAAAAAAAAAAAACUCGGUUGAGUAUUUUGUAACUUAAUUAGUCACUGUGGUUUCACUAAAAGCUACCAAGGUGGAAUGAAGUCAGUCAGGGAAGGUUUGUUUAAGUCACAUUGAUUUCACCAGAAUAUUGUAUCAAAGUUUUGUCUACUAUGCUAGACAAAAUUUUAGGGGAAAAUGCUACUAAAAAUGGAUGCCUCAUCAGGACAUGCUGUUGGGUCCAGUGUGCCAUAGACGUCUUAGCAUGUUCAUAGCACUUUUAAUAGCAAAAAAGGCACAUCAGCUAAAAAGUUACACUUAGUUUGGAAAUGCUUUUUCUAGGUUUAUGAUUGAAAUGCCGUUAGGGUACUGUGCACAUCAGCCUAAAGUGGCAUCUUGAAUUAAAUGGAUUUACUGGUAAGGAUCAGUCUUUAGUCUUCCCUUUGUUGUAUGAUUUUAUAGGUUAUGAUUGAUCAAAUUUUGUUUUUACUAAUGGUAAGGGUGAGGGUGAUAGGGCAGGUUUUGGGUUUUCUAGUACUGUUGAAAACUACAAGUAUUGGCUGUUUAUAUACUUAGCCAUAACUUGCUGAAAACAGCCUGAGCAGUGUCUAUGUAUUAAUGAAUUGGAAAGAAAGCUGCUUACGUUUGCUUUGUUACUUGCCUCAGGAUAUCUCUUUGAAAAUAAGCUGUUUUAAGAGGAACAGAAGGGAAAUCUGCUACCUAGACUAUACACAGUGCAAACCUCAUAGAGGGCUUCUGAUACCCUCAAAUACAGAGAAGAGUAAGGGAGAGGAGUGGUUAGGGACUUGGAGGAACUUAACUACCCUGGAAUAGGAAAUGAAUCAGCUGACCUUGGGCCAGCAGGUUUUUAACUGAAUUGUUACCUGCCUUUCUCACCCAGUUAGUCAACCCCUGUACUUGUUUUCCUCUUGAAAUGAGUGUCUUGGUUCAACUAAUUGUAUUUCAUUGUAACUUUAGAAAUGAAAGCCGUUGCUCUAAAUUCAUAGCAGGUGCCUUAUUCCUUGCUUUGAGUCAAACCAUUCCAUAUCAGAAUUUUCCUUGGUUUACUGUAGAUAAUUGGCUUUAAGAGUUUUUUUUUUAAUGUACUGUGUUUUGAUUAAUUUGACUGUUAAAUUGCUACAGCUGGCAAUCAUUUUACAUAUGUAAAAUUGCAUUCCCUUUGUAUUUCAUGUGUAAUUUACCAAUUGAGUGCAUUUUAUAUUCAGAUUGGAUUAUGCAUGUUUGAGUAAGCGAAAGCAAUGUCUUAUUUGAUAUAUUCUUUAAAAAUAAAGUUCCCUGAAUAUUUGAUGCUUUUCUUCUAAA